AUGUCUCCCUUCCAGGCGCUUAUGGGUUACCAACCUCAGCACAAUAUUCCCACUGUGGGAACAACUGAUGCUCCAGACAUCGCUUCUAGACUCACUCAGCUAGCACAUCUUCGAACUGAAAUCCAAUCCAGUAUUCAACUAGCAGAGGAAACAGUCAAGAAAUGGAAUAAGGACAAGUUCGUCAAAUAUGCACCUGGACAGAAGGUAUGGCUGGAAGCAACCAAUCUCAAAGGUCUCCACCUAAAAGCCAAGCUCGGACCAAAGCGUUAUGGACCCUUCAUCAUCAAUCAGAAACUGUCAUCAGUUGUCUAUCAGCUGAAGUUACCGCCCAAAUGGAAGAUUCAUCCAGUGUUCCAUGCAGGAUUGCUUUAUCCUUAUACGGAAACAACAAUGCAUAGAAAAAACUACCUCCAACCACCCCCAGAACUUAUCAAGAACCAGGAGGAGUUUGAAAUUGAAUGCAUCAUUGAUUCGAAGACAGUCGGCAAGCAAAUCCUGUACCAGGUACAAUGGAAAGGGUAUCUGGCCUCAGAUGACUUCUGGUUGCCAAAAACUGAGCUUUCACAUGCCAAAGAUGCUUUGGCCAACUUCCUACAGCCAAAUAAAGGAUAA